GUUCGCCAUGCUUAUAAUAAAUGGAUGGAUGAAGCCGUAAAGGAAUACAUACCAAAAGGCAAAAUUAAAUGGCCAUUAUACUCACUAGUAGCAACCUGGAUUAAAGAAGCAUGGGAUAACAUUGAUCCUGCAAUGAUACAAUGA